CAUCGCGAUAGAAUAGACUAUUUUAAAAAUAUAUAAUCCAUUUCAUUUCCUGAGCGAUAACCUCAAAAAUGUUUACGUUCCGUAAUAACUAGAGAACACGGGAAUUUGAAAUAAACAAAAAUUAAUUGAGGACAGAUCUGAAAGAUGUGCUCCAUAGUAUUCUGUGGAGAUGGUCCUUUCAACGAUAACAGCGCGUUCAUUAUUCUUAGAACUUCUUUCCAAUAGCUUUGUGAUGUAACUCACUCAGUUGUGAUGCCGAAAUAGUACAAUUGUGAUUCUUACUUUGCCAAUUUUGCUCAGUGUGCAACGUUGUGAACCACAUGACUGUACAGGAUGCGACUGCCAAAUGUCACUGUUCCAGUGACUUGUGUAGCAUCAGCUGAUCCAAGAAGUUUUUGUCCAUUAAAUCGCUUCUUCUUGAUAAACGUCUUCAUAUAAUGUCUAUAAAUGUGUAGUGAGGCUAUAUCGGUGAUGAGGAUGACUCGCCUUGUGUUGUCUGUUGUUCUUUUGGUUUCCUGUGAGUGGUGUGCUUUAGGUUUUCAUAAUUCGAGGUACCUCCGGAUUGUACGGCACAAAUCACGUCUUAGAGGGACAGAGCAAUGGUUCGUCCAGAGACUGGAUCAUUUCAACGCCGCAGAUGGGAGGGUGUGGAAACAGAGAUUUUAUAUCAAUGAUACAUUUUAUCAGCCUGGGGGUCCCGUCUUUCUGAUGAUUGGUGGAGAAGGAACUGCAAACCCAGCAUGGAUGGAUUAUGGUGCCUGGCUGACAUUUGCAGAAAAGUUGGGUGCCCUCUGUAUACUGAUAGAGCAUCGAUUUUAUGGGAAAAGUCAGCCAACAACGGAUUUGAGCAUUUCAAAUCUUCAGUACCUCCGUAGUGAUCAGGCACUCGCAGAUCUUGCCCACUUUCGAACUAAGUUGGAUGUGAAAUUGAACCUUACACAAAAUAAGUGGAUUGCUUUUGGAGGUUCUUAUCCUGGAUCUCUUGCAGCAUGGUUUAGACUGAAGUAUCCACAUCUGGUCUAUGCUGCUGUUGCAUCUAGUGCACCAGUCCAGGCUGUCGUCAACUUUCCCGAGUAUUUGGAGGUAGUGAAUUAUUCUUUGGAAAGUGUCAAUACUCCAUGUCCUCUGCUAGUGAAGGAUGCCUCUGACACACUAAUUGAAUUACUGGCAAAUGCUAGCACAUAUAAACAGAUAACUCGAGAUUUCCACUUAUGUGACAAGCUUAAAAUAAAAUCUGAAAUGGAUUCUGGUUAUUUAUUGGAGACAUUGGCUGGAAAUUUCAUGGAUGUAGUCCAAUACAAUAAGGACAACAGAGCUUUUGAGGACCCAAAGGGUGUUAACAUUACUAUUGACGUGCUCUGUACUAUAAUGGAGGAUUCAUCACUGGGUAUACCUUAUGAGAGAUAUGCGAAGGUGUCACAUCUCCUACUGAAGACAUAUGAAGAGAAGUGUUUAGAUGCAAGUUACAGCAAGUUUGUAUCUGAUAUGUUGAACACCUCCUGGGCUGCACCAGCAGCAGAUGGAAGCAGGCAGUGGGCCUAUCAGUCAUGUACAGAAUUUGGCUAUUAUCAGUCAACUGAAUCAUCAAUGCAGCCUUUUUCUGGCUUUCCUCUCAGGUACAAACUUCAGCAAUGUGUAGAUUUAUUUGGCCCAGAAUUUAAUGACUCUGCAGUUGCUGAUGCUGUGGAACACACCAAUGAAAACUAUGGAGGUACGAACAUCAAAGGGAGUCGGAUAGUUUUCCCUAAUGGUUCAAUGGAUCCCUGGCACAUACUGGGAAUUACCAAACAACAAAAAGCUAUUUACAUUCAAGGUACAGCCCAUUGUGCGGACAUGUAUCCUGAAAAACAAACUGAUGUACCACAACUCACUAAAGCUAGAGAAGAAAUUUUUCAACGACUCAAAACCUGGAUUGACGGAUGAAGUCUUUUAUCUAUGUGAGAAUGAAACUUAUUAAGAGGAUUCAGAACUUCAAGAAUUAGCUGUAUUUUUUUUUCCAUCCCACAACUUGAUAGUAUAGAACGUCAAGAAAAAAUCCAAGUUACAUUUUUCUCUCCAAAAUUUGUUAAUGCAAUGCCUUUCUGUAUAAACUGUAUUAUUACUGGUAAUGAUAUAUUAAAAUGCUUUUCACAAUAUAUCUUCUAACCAUAUUGAUUUAUGGUUUAGUCAGAUGAAUAAGUGUUAAACUAUACUUGCAGAAUUCUACAAGUAAAGAAACUCAACAUUUCAAAUUGUAAGCGUGUGCUAUUGUACUAUUGUACAUUUUUUACAAUUGAGUAUUUUGCAUUUAAGGAAUUCAUGUUGACCCAAUUAAGAUGGUAUCAUCAAAGCCCCAGAUGGGAGAAGUUAACGUUAUAUGUGGUCCUGGAGAUCAUUUGACUUCCUGCCUAAUGAGAUGAAAUAUUUUCUGUGUAGAUGAAGUGAAAUCUAACGUGGCUUAAUUAUUUCCAGGUAAUCAGUACUUAAGUACAGGAAGAAAAAAUGUGUAGAUGUUCAAGUAACUAUUGGGUACUGGCAUUUAGGAGGAAAAAGAGAUGUAUUGGAGCUAAUAUUGAAUCAAUGCUUCCACU